AUGAGUGAACCGAAUGUAUUCGAUGGUCUCACACAACUAUGUUUGGACAUUGUCAACCUGAAAAUAACUCCGGUGGAUGCAUACGAACGGAUUAUCAUUCAGAAGGUUUGAAAUAAUGUGAAAACAACAGAGCUUGCAAAUUGUCAAUUUCAGGCGGAGAGGGAAGCGAUCAGUUCGGAGCUGAUCGACGUUCUGGUGCUCACAGAGCCAGAGGCCGAAUUCGCAGAAGACACGGCGGCUGCGAAGACCAACUUCGAGGCGUUUGUCCAUCUUUUAACCGAUACUGUGAGUUUUCGGUUUUAAAGUUACUCUAAGGCAGCUAGUUCUGACUUUUCAGAUAAUUCCGGAGGAAAUUUUGCGGCUGGAACUCGACUGUUUCAAAGCGGGACGAGAGGAACAGAACAGAGCACUAAUCCGGCUGAAGACCAAAGUUUAGUGAGUGAAAUCACCCUGAAAUCUAUGGAAAACGAGAGAUUUUCAGUUUCAAACAAGCAAAGUUCAAUUUGUUCCGUGAAGAAUCGGAAGGAUACUCCAAACUGGUAACAGAAUUGAUGGAAGCGGCAGAGAACUCGCCGACUGAAGACUACGCCAAAGUGAUCAAGAAUCGAGUGCUCUCACUGAUCGGACAGUUCAAUUUGGACCCGAAUCGAGUCACCGACGUGAUCCUCGAGGCAUUCGAGCACUGUCCAAAACAGAAAGUUUGUUCAUUCCUUCCUCUCAUCACGUAUUUACCUGCAUUUCCAUUUCAGAUCUUCUUUAUUGCACUUCUAAAAGAAAUCGACGUGGUGCGCGAGUACCUGUGUGCUCUUCUCGGCUUCAAAUUCACAUUUUAUCAAACGGAAAAAAAGAAGACACCCUAUUCGCUCUACGUGCUGACGGCAGCUCUCGUUCAGCACGAAAUGAUCGACAUGAUGAAGAUCCUGGCAUUUGUACGUUUCACAAAGAGACUUAGUGUGAUGGUGUUGAUUUUCAGAUGAUACCCAAGACGGAAUCUAUAAAAGAGGGACAUCGUGCAAGAAUGACAAACGCCCAGGAGCGGGCUUCGAAAGCUGAGACUAUUUCGACGGCGUCUAUGCCGAUCGUCGAGUCGAGAGGCUUCGAGGACAACGGAAUUUCGAUGGCGGCCUCGCAGCCGAUUUCCUUCACCACAGUCAUCCAGAUCCAAGAGGACGAAGAUGUGAAACUGGCUGACGGAUUCAACGAGGUAUCCUUUUCGCUUUUUAAUAAGAUUUUUAUUCUUUACAAGACUUCAAGCGUGGGCCCGCUGCGCAGUCCGAGCUUACGCUCGGAAGCGGCUUCGGUCCUUUUUUGCUUCUCACAACCGUUCGGAAGUUCACGUCUUAAUUUCUUAAUUUCUCCGUAACAACUUUUUUCGUUUUAGAAAUGAAAACGUGUGCGGAUAAACCAAGAAACAAAUAAAUAAACAAAGGGACAGACUCCUCAAGACCUUUAUUAAUAAGAAUGAUUUCAGGAAUCUGUGCUCUCGUCCAAUCAGAAACUAGGACUGGCUUGCGCACUUCUGGAGAACGGAAACUGGAAGCAGGCUCAGAUGCUCAUUGAUCGACUUCCAGAAUAUUACGCAGUUCAAGCCAGCCCACGUCUUUGCCGUGCAUUGUGCAAGAUAAUCGAACAAUCGAUCAACGAUUUCUACAAGGCCAACUGCUCAAUCCAUCUUUUCGGAGACUUGAUCAAGAGGAACAAGCCGAUUCUGGAUGAUAUGGGCAACGGUCUGACUCCUGUGAAAAGUUGGGAAGAGCUCGGAAAGCUGGCGAGUGUCCUCUGGUAUCUGGGGCCGCGCAUCGCCUUCCGCGCGUCCACCAACAUCAAGUUGCUCCGACUGCUCACCGCUUACUAUCGGAAGAUUGAGAAGGAAGAGCUGCCAAAGGACGAGAAACGUAGGAAAUCAUUCAGUUUCCAUUUAGCAAUAAUUUCAUUCCAGUCAAUCAAAUCUUCGUUGACGUCGUCUCCGAAUGUCUUCUGCCUUCUCUGACCCUUUCCGAUACGAACGUGGCACUGAGUGAAGAGCUCUGGCAGCUCCUCCAGCUCUUCCCGUAUUCGUGGCGUUAUUGGAUGUACUCCAAAUGGAAUCAGGAAACUGCUCGGCAUCCAGAAAUGAACGUCAUGAGGGGAAAGAUUCACGGGCGAACAAAGUACGUGCUGAAGAGACUUUCGAAGGAAACUGUGAAGAUGAUGGGUCGACAGCUCGGAAAGCUUUGUCAUAUUCAUCCGUCCACUGUGCUCUCCUAUCUGCUCAGUCAAGUGCAAACGUUCGACAACUUCAUCGGACCCGUCGUCGACAGUUUGAGAUAUCUGACAAGUUUAGAGUUUGACGUGCUCACCUGUGAGUUUCGAAACGGUACUGAAUCCUUACAAUUUUAAUGCUUGCAGAUUGUAUCAUAUCCCAGCUGGCGGAUCCUUCCAAACAAGCCCUCAAGUCUACAGACGCCACAAUAUCGCCUUGGCUUCAGGCACUCGGAACGCUCGUUGGCUCCCUUUACCGCCGUUAUCCUCUCGAAUUGAAUGGAAUGCUGGAUUAUGUGCUUAAUCAGCUCAAGCUGUGCAAGAGUUACGAUAUGUUGCUGCUCCGCGAAAUCAUUCAGAACAUGUCGUGGAUUGAGAGCAUCAGCGGAGCCACUAAAGAACAGAUCGAAGCGCUCGGAGGAGGAGAUCUUCUGAAGCAAGAAGCGGGAGGAUAUUCGACUGCGACAAAGAACCGGAAAGCGGCUCAACGUCUCCGUGACGCGCUUCUCAAAGGAGAUCUCGCCGUCGGAUUGUGCAUUUCGAUUGCUCAGCAGAAAGAGAACAUCACCUACAACGACAGCCAGAGUCUCCCGUUGAAACUGGUCGGAGAAAUGGUGGAUCAGUGCAGUGACACCCUCCAACAACUCGUUUCAUUUCUCAGUGUGUACCUGAAAAACGACGACUUUGUGAAAAGAGUGCCGUCCGUUCGGGAGUUGCUCUCCGAGUAUUCGUUGGGAAUUGAGGCCACAAUGUGUCUGGCGAGACCCACAUUCUUCACGAAAAUCAUGGAAAGUUAUGAAGCGGCAAAGAAAACGACGAGAGCGACAGUGGAAGAUGGAGUACCAAAGACGCGCUUGGAUCCGCAACAGAAAACGGAACUCUUUUCGGCUGCAUUCGAAUCGAAAGUGGAAGAAGUGAUCGGGGAGCUGAAGGAAGCGAUGCCGGAAAUGGAAGAGAAGGUGCCCAUCCGAUUCUUCAGUGUCUUCUGGAUGCUCACAAUGUACGACAUCGAAGUGCCCACGGCUGCCUACGAAAGGUCAUUGGAAGCGGUGAAAAAGCAGAGCAAAGAGGACAACCACGUAAAUUUUCCAUCAAAAUACCCUUACAAGCUCUUCUAGAGAUUUCAGGGAAAGUCCAGAAAGACUGACAAACAAUUGGAGAGCAAGCUAAGAGAAGAGCAGAAAAAGCAGACAGAGCACGUGGAAAGGGUGCGUACGUGGCUGACAGCCAAGAAAGACACACUGCUCGAGGAGAAGAACCACAAAGAUGUUCUCGAAGUGUUCAUACAGCAAUGCGUUCUUCCGCGUGCCCUUUUCUCGGAGCUCGACGCCGUCUUUUGCGGCCAAUUCUUAUUCAUUCUGCACGAAAUGCGCACUCCGUUCUUCCCAACGAUCCUUAUCAUUGACAGAGUAAGCUACCACUUACUAAGAUCUUACCUAUUCAUUUGAUUUCAGAUCUUUGAAAACGUCGUGCCGUUGAUCGCUGGACUCACCGAGAACGAAGCCAAUUCACUGUCCUGCUUCCUCGAAAUUCUCUUCCGAACUGCUCACAGAUGGCACUCUGAGAAAGAGAUUUUCGAGAAGGAAUGCAUCGGAUUCCCGGGAAUGGUUACCAAGUCGCCGAUGGACUAUCCCAUGUUCCGUAAACUUUGCUAUCGUUGGCAAGUCCGUCUCACCAAGGUGUUCUCGAUAAUUCUCGGGAAAGAAGACGCCGAAUACGUCAUUAUUCGGAACUGUCUGAUUCUGAUGACGAAGCUGACGACCGCCUUCCCGCUCAUGGCCCAUCUUGUGACUACGAUGGAGUCGAUGGCGACGAAGUUGAGAGAUCGGGAGAAGGGAAAACGGGACGAUCUGUCGCUGAAGGCCGCGUCGUACGUCGGAAGGCUCAAAAUGCGAAAUGUGAAGGUUUAUGCGCAUCCGACGGACUUUGCGCCUAUCGCUGUCAAGAAGAUGUCCGUGGAGAAAGCGAAAAAGCUGAAGGAAGAGAAGGAAAAGGCGGAAGGAGAGCCAUCGGACAAGAAAGUUAAAGUGGAAGCGAAGAACGGAGGAGCCAAAGACUCGACGGAGAACGGGACGGAGAAAGCGGCCGUUACGGCAGGAGAUGAACCGAAAGAGAGAAAGAAGAGAGUGGUGAGUAGACAGAUUGAGAUGAUAGUGAUCAUGAAUGCACUUUCAGAAGACGACAUUGUACGUGGCACCGAAAAGACAGUCUUCGGCUGAGACGAAGAAGGAAGAGCCGUCCGCCGAGGAUGGAGAAGUCAAAACGCCAUCACCGCCACCGCCGAAAAAGACCCGAAUAGCUGACAGGUUAAAGAGAAACGAUGAGAAUGCGGAGAAGAAGGAGCUGCCCAUUGGAUCUGAAAAGGACGAGGGAAAGAAGAGAGCGGAGAAGAGUCGGGAGAGGAACAAGGACAAGGAGAAGGAAAAACGAUCAGAGAAGGAGAAGAAGCGAGAGAAUGGAGAUGCGAGAAAAGAGCAGAAGGAUCAGAAGGCUAGAGAGCGGAAGGAGGAACGGAGGGAAGUGGCCGGACCAGCGGUAAGCGAAGAAACGCCUCAGGACGGAAAAGAAACGCAGCGAUCUUUGCAGCUUCCGGAUCCAGCACCAGCGAAAAAAGACGAGAAGAAGAGCUCCAGAAAGGCCAUCGAAUUCGACUUGGAUGAUACGAAAGCUUCGUCUUCGGUGCGGAAGGAUCGGAAGGAAGAGCGGAAGGAGAAGAAGGAAGACCUCCCGAAGGCGUCACGGAUCGCAGAACCCAGUCGAGGCGGCGGCAGCAAUCACAGCUCGGGCAGAGAAAGAGAGCGUGGGCGAGGCGACCGGGCAUUCCGAUAA